CGAGGGAGAUUCUCGGCUGGCAGGAGCGGGACUGGGCUCCUCAAGGUGCGGGAAUUGAGAGCACGGCCUCAAGCUGCGCCAGGGGAUGUUCAGGCUGGGCAUCAGGAGGAGUUUCUUCUCAAAAAGGGCGAUUAGACAUUGGAAGGGGCUGCCCGGGGAUGUGGCAGUGUCCCCAUCCCUGGGGCUGUUCAAAGAACCGUGGCUGUGGCACUCAGUGCUCUGAUCUGGGUGACGAGGUGGGCAUCAGUCACAGGUUGGAUUCGAUGGUCUCAGAGGGCUUUAACAACCUAAUUAAUUUUGUGAUUUCUGGUGGUCCUGCAUGUGCCCCAGCGCAUGCUUGGGGUGUCCUUCAAAGAGAUUGCCGUGGGAUGAGAGAGCCCGCUCUGCCAGCACUCUGCCUUAUUUCUUAUUUGCAGGAGCGAGACGUGGAGGCUUUGCUAUUUUAUCAGGAAAUAAUACGUUUCUGUGCCCUGCACAGCUCCGAGGAGCAGGAGGUGUGAGGCUCCUGGCUCUCCAAGGCACCUCUUGCCCUUCCCAGAACAUGCUGGUUGAUGGCCGCUGACAGUUUUUGAUGAUCAAAAGUGUCAGGAAAGCAAAUCUUGGAAAAGCUUGCUUCAUCUCCUGCUUUACUUGGCUAUGGGAGUUGAGACCUCUGGAAGUCAGCUCCUGCUCAGUUUGUUCCUGCACCAGAUUCCUGCCGUUUCAGAUGCUCAUUUUUACGCGUUCGUUGAGUUUUGCGUGUUCCUGUAGAUUAAAUUUUCUCAACCAAAUGCCUCAAUUUCAAGGCACUGUGGUAUUUAAAUGAGGGAACAAGACCCGAUGAGGCGUGUGCUACCUUCUUGCCUCCAAAUACAGAGGCUGUGACUGAUAAAUAUUGUAGUUCCUUUAGGUAGUGCUGACUGCAGCACUAAUUAAACGUGGGGCUUAUGCGAUAUAUUGGUGUAUUAAAUUGGAUUAGCAGAUUUGCUGCAUGGUAAUGUGCUGCUCCUCUUCUGGGGGAUGGGUAGGCACCAACAUCAAGGUGCAUCUUAAAUCCUCGGGGUUUAAAGAGGGUGGAAUAAAUUACUGUUAAACCUGUUGUAGUGUUUGAUAUGAAAACUGUUUUCCUCAAUUACCUGAACAUAUAUGUGUGAUGAGCCUAAAAUAGACAAUAGCACACAAGAACCAAUGAAUUGCACAAAUCACACAGCAUAUGUUCAAUGUCUGCCAGCACCAAAUAUUACUUGCAGAGAUCACCUUGGCAUAGAGAAAUUCUUUACGGGACGCGAAGUUGGAUUUUACAAGCCCAUUGAGUGUCGCAAUGUAAAUGGAUACUCCUACAAAGUGGCAGUGGCUCUGUCCUUAUUUCUUGGAUGGUUGGGAGCAGAUAGAUUUUAUCUAGGAUAUCCUGCAUUAGGUUUGUUAAAGUUCUGCACUGUAGGGUUUUGUGGAAUUGGGAGCCUAAUUGAUUUCAUACUUAUUUCAAUGCAGAUCGUUGGCCCUUCCGACGGCUCCAGCUACAUCAUCGAUUAUUACGGGGCCAGGCUGACCCGGCUCACCAUCACCAAUGCAACCUUCAGGAAAAUGCAGACCUAUCCCUGAUACCCCUAACUCUGGCAGGGAGUGGCACAAAUCCACAGGUGCAGCUUGUUUUUACAGCUGGAUCCACUGGAAUUGCUGAGGGUUUACUGAUCACCCCUGGUCACAACAGAAUAUUAAAUGCACGGUGAACAAAGAUGAUAAAAUGUGAAAGUUCCUCACGUGAACAAGUUUACCUCAAAGGUGGAACUUUGGGACUGCUCUGAUUCUGGGAGCAGACGGUUUUUGUUGCUAAGUUACAUCAUCUGUGGAAGGUGCAGACUGUUGCAAUUUGCACUGAUGUUGUGUGUGUGUCAUUUAGAGUGUUACACACAGCUGCAGAGAGAGAUGUUCAUAAUAAACAUGCUGAUAUUUAUUCCAUUGAAGUUGAUAAGAGUUUUAGCUGGAUGGGCCGGGAUUACACUUGGGGGUCUGUCCAUGUGACAGUUUGGAAAUUAACUUAAAUAUCUCCAACCACACAAACUGCCUGUUUUUUCCCAUCCUGUUAAAAUCCAGAGAUCCCUAAAUCUUAGGCUGGUGUAACCUGUGAAAUUCUAUUAGUUGUAACAAUUAUUUCUGUAAAUUUUGGUUAAGUUGCAAAAUUUGGUCAAGUGCUGAUCAACAGUAGAAAUAUGGAUGCAUAAACAAUAGAACUGUAGAUGACACAUUACAAAAAUGGAGGGUGGAUGUUGGGGUGCCCUGGGGUUAGAAAAGGAAAUAAUUGUUCUGCUUGUUUUGAAUUUUUCUUUCCUCUCUUGCAACCAUCCAUAGUGAAAUAAAUACCUUUUUUUUUUUCUGAGAAUAAA